CAUAAUAAGUUUGAGACAAUUUGUCUUGAAGUGCGUGAGAGGGAAGCAGGAACCGUUCGCCCCUUAACAAAAUUACCUUGUUUUACAAUGGCAGAACAAUCUACUAUCGAUUUGGAGAACCGAGAUCCUAACAACAUCAACGAUCAUUUGAAGGUCCAGUUUGAGGAUGUUUUGGCGGAGCCCGAAGGUGCCCACAGCAUUGAUUGCUGCUGGAAGUUUACCAACACAUGCUUCAACUGCGCCUUCAAAUGCUGCUACAUGUUGAUGACCCUUUGUGGACCUCUCUACGGCCUCUACUACGGUUGGAGUUACGCCAUGCUUGCCUGUGCUCACGUGUGGCAGUACACACCACAGAUCAAAGCUUGCGAGAUCAACUGCGUCAUGAUGAGGAAAAUAUACACCAUCUGCCUCAACUGCUGCCUGACGCCAUGCUGCGAGUCCUGCGGAGCCGUCUUCAGCAGAAUUCAAGUCAAACAAUAACUCAAUAUGGAAGUAUCCUGGCGUUCUUGUACUGAGUAAAACACAGUAUACGAUUGGCCUGGAUGUCUCUUGGACACACUGGCUUCAAUGGGAAUAUGUUAUACUAAAACCAAUAACUUGUUCUGCCAUCGAGAACAACCUUCAUCUGCUGCAGUGACAUUUGUGGAAGUGAAACUUGAAACAUACCUCUUCCGUUUUUUAACAAUUCCUGUGUAUAUUAAGGAUACUGUGUAGCAUUUCACGGGGCUUAUAUGUUCAGCUGUAUUCAAGAAACUUGACUUAACGUAAUCUUUGUUCUAGGAAACAUGCCUGUUCCGUUUUCUGAACAAUUCCUGUGUAUUUUAAGGAUCUUGUGUAAUAUUUAACCUGUUUGGUAUCUUCAGUUGUGUACAAGAAAUUUGACUUAGAGUAAUCUAUAUUCUAGGAGCACAAAGUAUGCAUAUAAAAGUACUUUCUCUUAUUAAAAUAAAUAUGUAAAGUGUUAUGUUUAUACAAGAACCUUGCUGUAUAUUUCGCCUUUCGAGGUACAAAGAAGGUCAAAAGUGUGUGUUAUUAACAAAAAUAUUCAUCAAGUGGUACAACAUCGAAUAAUAUUGUACAUAUUUCUUCUGGUAUUUCUGCGACAAAUAAAUCUUCUUUUGUCAUACAA